CCUAGCCCCAAAGGUCACGAUCGCGCAGCUCGUCGCGACGCAGUCGCCGACGUGGUCGGUCCAGCAGCAUUUCCCUAUCUCCGGAGCGUAACCAGGAUCAUUUCGAGCAUCGGCGGAACAAAAAUAGUGUGCAGAACAAGCGGCAGUACCGCAAUAAUCGAGGUGAUUCAGCUAGUUCCAUGGAGCGCGGGAAUGAUCGCGGCCGGCAAUUUGGCGGGGGAGGCGGUGGUCGUCGAGGGGGUAGACGUUUCUCACCACGAGGACGCAGUCCCAUGCGACAGGACAAUGGUGGAGGUGGUGGUAACCGCUUUCAACGAUCAAAUUCUCGUCGUAGAUCAAGAUCCCGUCGUCUGUCCCGCUCGCCCAUGCGGUACUCUAGAUCACCAAGACGCUUCAACAAUCGUCGCCGGUCGCCCAUGAUGAACUUCAGAGGCGGCGGACGUGGUGGUGGCCGAGGCGGUGGGCAUCGGCAGAUGUGGCAGCAUCGCGGUGGGUCACCCAACUUCAGAGGUGGCGGACGCAUCCAUUGGCAGGCCAGGCAUAGUCCUGGCGGUGGAGGGCGUGGUGGUGGCGGUGGGAUGGGUCGUUUCGACAGACGCCAAUCGCCGCAGCAGAAUCGCUAUAAUCGCGAUCACCGUCAGUCGCCGAUGCAGCAAAACCAACAGUUCCGCAAGCAAUUCUCUCCGCAUCCGGGUCCUGGACGUCGCUUCUCCUCACCACAGCAGCGUCGAAAUUCGCGAGAUCGUCGCCCCAACUCCAGAGAAAGGCGAAGCUCACCAGGCGGUGGUCACAUGAAUAGGUGGGACAACCCGCCACCUGUUAGAAAUCGACGUUCGUCAUCGGGAAGCUCAGGGGGUGGACGCCAGCAACGACAGCGCAGCCUGAGUCCGCCCGAAAAUCGCGGACGUAGCCGCAGUCGCAGCCACAGUCGACAAAGUCGUCAGAGAAGUCGUAGUCGGUCUAGUUCGCGGCGCAGUCUCAAACGAGAUAGUCCAAUUGGACGCUCCUCAGUUGAGUUCACUGGACCGUCAGUAAACACCAUCGAUCUCUGUCGUGAAGAACUGCAACGAAAAGCCAAGCCAGCAGAAACCAUCAUUGUGUUAGACGAGGCUCCGGCUGUACAGCGCAGCAGCUACGCCAGCCUGUCCCGCACGCCAUCUCCGUUCCUUAAGCCUCACGAACGGCUCGCUGCAGCCAAGGCAGCGGCGGCGGUGCCACCAAAGAAAUCCCGCGACCAGAGCCAGAGUAGCAGCUCAGACAGUAGCGCAGACAGCGAUGAUAGCGAGGAAAAGCCGCGACGUAAGAAGCAGCCAUCUAAUGUGGAUGCGUCUAAGGGUAAAACAAAAGAAAAAUCACGACACAGCUCGGAGAGCUCUUCCAGCAGUGAGCAGAGUGACGAUGAGGACAAUUCAAGCGGAGAUGAGAGGCUUAAGAGAAAGCUACAGAAACAAAAAGAAAAAGUAAAAGAGGUGACAGCUUUGAAAGGAAAGGAGAAAGAUCGGGAAAAGGACAAGCGACGUUCAGAUAAGAAGCCUAAGCGGGCUGCAACAUCUAGUGGUGAUGAAGAGUCGACGAGCAGCCGGAAGCGCAGUCAUAAGAAGACGCGUCGGGAAGAGACAGUUGGAGAGGCAGGCAACGGUAACAGUGACUCCGAAGACGAUCAUGUGCCCAAAAAGAAGCGAAAGAAGUCCAAGAAGGUGGUGGACUCAAGCGAAAGCGACUCUGAGUCCUCAUCAAAACGGAAGAAGCAUAAGAAACACAAGAAGCACAGCAAGAAAAGCAAGAAGCAUAAGAAGCACAAGCGAAAGAUCAGUGCCGGCAAAUCGCGUGCGGAUAGCAGUUCCCAGGGCAGCAGCGAUGAAGAGGAGGAGCCCUCGUCGGUAGCGGCCAAGCGAAAUGGUAACGCGGGUAAGCUGCCGCUAUUGCUGCCGGGCGGCUCUGGACCUGGGGUUAUUAACGAGGACCUAGAGAAGCAGCUGCGAGAACGUGCCCUCAAAUCCAUGAAGAAGCUGGACUGAACGACAGACUAUGUGCGAGUAUGAUUGCCCACUUUACCCCAACAUAUUGAUCCACCACUCAUCCCCCCAUUGAGAAUCACUCGCCCUCACAGACAGACGUAUGUAGCCAUUAAAAUAGAAAUAUACAUUUAAACCAACUAUACAUUUCAUUAACUGCAUGCAUUGUAUUUCUUAAAAUGUAUGUAUUUCACAUACCGUUAAGUUCUUUCGCCUAAACAAAACAGUAGCGAUUAAAUUAGCGAGCCAACAUUAAGCGAUUGAAUACAGUUUGUAUUAUGUACAAAAAAAAUUGAGAAACUGAAUUAACCAUAAAAACUAUUUAGCCCCCAGUGGUUUUAAAUACAUAAAUUCCCGUAUAAAAUCGUAAAAAAAAAACAACAAAAAAAGCAAGGAUACACAAAAACAAGCGUAAACCCGUUUGGCAAAUUGUAUUGUUGCCGCAGUUUAAUUUAUAAGUAGGUUUUACAGAAUGUAAUUAAUAAUACCUAAAGCACGAAUUGUGUGUUUGCAAGGCAUUAACUAAAAGAGGAAAUAAACACAAUUGUAAAAUUACCGAAAA